CCUUCCACCAUGGGCUGGGAAGUUCGCAAGAUGGUCGCAGAGAUAAUUCCAAGGAAACGCGUGCAGCCUGGGCUUCACCACCUUGCUGCGCCAUUGAUGCUCGACAGAACGUUGCAAGAGCAAGGCAUUGUGGGGACUGAUACUAUCCUGCACUUACAUUCCAGCAGUUUUUGGGGCUGCAUGGAAUUCUGUCCACGGAUUCCCAAUCUUGGAGGAUGACUUUGCAUUGGAAGGGGUGACUGGGAUAGAAGCAAGCACCUACGGUGAAUAUUUACUUCAUCUUCCGAGAGUCUUGAAAGUCUGACUUUUGGUGACCGGUUCAACCAGGGUCUUGAACAAGUGACGUUGCCAAAGAAUCUUCGAAGCUUGACGUUCGGUUGCGAUUUCAACCAGAGUCUGGCACAGGUGGCAUUGCCAAACAGCCUGCGAAACCUCCCGUUCGGUUCAGAUUUUAAUGAGAGUCUGGAACGUGUGACGCUGCCAGAUGGUCUCCAAAGCUUGACUUUUGGUUCUGGGUUCAAACAGAGCCUUGAACGCGUGAUUUUGCCAAGCAAUCUGCAAAGCUUGAACUUUGGUGCCAGGUUCAACCAAAGUCUCGAACGAGUAAUCUUGGGCGACGCUCUACAGAGCUUGACCUUUGGUGACAGGUUUAACCGACGCCUUUGUAACGUUGCCAAGUAAUUUGCUCCAUUUGACUUUUGGUGAUGACUACAACCAGAGCCUUAAACUUAAACGAGUCUCGUUUCCAAAGAACUUGCAAAGUUUGACUUUCGGUUCCGGUUUUAACCAGAGCCUCGAACAUGUGACCUUACCAGGCAGUUUGCAAAGCCGGGCUUUUGGCUGGAGGUUUAACCAAAGCCUAGAGCGGGUGGCUUUGCCCAGCAAUCUGAAAAGUUUGACACUUGGUAACCAGAGCCUUGAAGCAGUCAUGUUGCCCAGCAAUCUGCAGAACUUGACUUUCGGUUUGAUGUUCGAUCAGGGCCUUGAAGGGGUGAUCCUGCCAAGCAAUCUGCGAAGCUUGGAAUUUGGUGAAAUGUUCAACCAGAGCCUUGACGGAGUAGCCUUGCCAAGCAAUCUCAAGGACUUAGAAUUUGGCGCAGCAUUCAACCAGGACCAGGAAAGAGUGACCUUGCCCAGUAGUUUGCAAAGCUUGACUUUUGGUGCAAAGUUCAACCAGAGCCUUGAACGAGUGACCCUGCCAAGCAGUUUGCAAAGUUUGACUUUUGGUGAUUCAUUCAAUCAGAGCCUUCAACGAGCGACCUUGCCCAGCAGUCUGCAGAGUUUGACUUUUGGUGCAAAGUUCAACCAGAGCCUUGAAGGAGUGACCUUGCCACAGAGUCUGCAAGACCUGACUUAAGCAGAGCUUUGAGCGAGUGACCUUGCCAAAGAGUCUUCACCGUCUCAAUUGCAGUUCUAUAUCGAUGAGCAUGGCUUAAUCUGGCUAUGAUAGGCUCAUCAAAUGUUUGUGGCAGAUCUACAGGAGAUCAAAGCAUUGCUGGUCUCUGGUGCGACGGCAAAAA